CCCCUCACAACGCCAACAUGAGGUUCGUGACAGUCGCUGCAGCGACGCUGCCAAGUGUUCCGCUCGACUUUGUGGGAAACAGAGAUCGUAUUCUAGAGUCCAUCAAGCUUGCCAAAGAAAAGGGUGCAACUCUUCGAACAGGCCCGGAGUUGGAGAUUCCAGGAUAUGGAUGUCUUGAUCAUCAUCUUGAAGGCGAUACCGAGCUUCACAGUUGGGAGGUCCUUGCUGAAAUCAUCUCAGACCCUGUUUGCAAGGACAUGCUCGUCGACCUGGGCUUGGGUGUCAAGACCAGGAACGUGCAGUACAACUGUCGUGUGCUCUGUACAUACAAGAAGAUAUAUGCUAUUCGGGCAAAGCAAGCACUUGCCGGAGAUGGCCUCUAUCGUGAGCCCCGACACUUUACGGCAUGGGUUAAAGAGCGUCAGGUAGAGACGCACAAGCUGCACAAAGUUGUACGGGAUGUCACCGGGCAAACUACGGUUCCAAUUGGUGAUUUCAUCCUCGAGACUCCCGAUACUUCUGUGACGUGCGAGACCUGCGAGGAGCUGUUUGUCCCUAGGAACCCAUCAAUCUUCAGUGGCCUUAACGGCGCCGAAAUCAUUCUUAACUCGAGUGCCUCGCACGCCGAGCUUCGUAAGCUUGGUACGCGCCUGAACCUUAUCUCGAAUUCGACACGUAGCAAUGGUGGACUAUAUGUCUAUGCAAAUGCAUCUGGAAUCGAUGGCGAGGCUAGAAUGCUCUUUGAUGGAAGUAGCAUGAUCAUCCAGAACGGUGAAGUUUUGGCUCAGUCAUCACAGUUCUCCCUUCUCCCCGUAGAAGUCACUGUCGCCACUGUCGACCUCGAACGAGUUCGGAGCUACAGGACUAGUGCCAGUCGAAACGUACAAGCCGCCCGUCAACCCGAGUAUCCUCGAAUCGACUGUGAUAUUGAGUUGGCCCGCCCAAGUGAGGAAAUUUUCAGAUCGAACAAGUUGAUCGCCUCGGAAAUCCCCAUUCGCAUCUUGGACCCCAUGGAGGAGAUUCACAUGGCUACCUCAGUGUACCUGUGGCAGUAUUUAGUCCGCAGCUCAGGUGCCGGCUUUUUCCUGGCAUUAUCUGGAGGACUUGACAGCUCAUCUGUUGCUCUGUUUGUCUACGGCAUGGCCAAACUGGUCUUUCUCUCCAUCAAGAAGGGCGAAGAAAACACACUGAACGACUUGCGCAAGGUUACGGGCAUCAAGGACUACGUACCCGAGUCACCAGAGGAAAUAGUUGGCAAGCUGCUGCACACAUGCUUCAUGGGCACAGUCAACAGCUCAGACGAAACUCGAUCAAGGGCGAAGAGACUGGCGGAACGCCUUGGCGCUUACCACACUGACAUCAACAUCGAUAACGCUGUCCAGGCCCACGAAUCGAUCAUCGCAAGCGCACUCGGUGGCUUCAAACCCAAGUAUGCAGUCGAAGGGGGCACCAAUAGCGAAAACCUGGCGAAGCAAAACAUUCAGGCCAGAAACCGACUGGUGGUAUCUUAUGAGCUUGCUCAGUUAUCCACGCAAGCUCGAGGACUUCCGCGAGCCGGAGCUUCUUUACUUGUGCUGGGAUCAGGCAACGUCGACGAGAACCUCCGUGGGUACUACACCAAGUACGAUGCCAGCUCUGCGGACCUGGCGCCCCUGGGAUCGAUAUCCAAAAACGAUGCCAAGGACUUCCAGCGCUGGGCACGCGACAACUGGGACCUGAGCAUCAUGUCUGAGUUCAUCGAUGCAAUCCCAUCGGCUGAGCUGCUUCCUCUCUCGGCCGGCGUUCAAGCUGAUGAGGUGGAGAUGGGUUUGACGUAUUCGGAACUGUCUGACUUUGGAAUUCUCCGCAAGGUUGACAAGCUCGGUCCAUGGUCGGCGUACCUGCGCCUCCUCAGCCAAUGGAAGGAGCGUCCUGGCUUCGGUCCUCGCGAGAUUGCAGAGAAGGUUUUCCUCUUCUUCAGGUUCUAUGCCAUCAACCGACACAAGGCUACCAUCAUCACCCCCAGCGUCCACUUGUCCGCGUAUAACCCGGACGACAACAGACACGAUCUGCGCCCAUUCCUCUACGUCGUUAACUGGCCUUGGCAGUUUAACAAGAUCAGGAAGCAUGUCGAAGAGAUGGAGAAGGACAUAUCGUUUCAGCCACUCGUCCAUUGCAUCCAUCGGCGAGAAAGUAGAGCUUUUCUCAGCAGCUCGGCGGUCCUUCCUACGCUUUUAUUGGCUGAAAUAAAGCUGACAAGGAUAAAUCCGAGUUCCAGAGAAAAGAGAGAGUUAAGCGAGACUUGCCUCCAAUGGACAGCGGCGCUGCCCAAGCGGUGCAACCCUAAACUUUCAGCCUCAGCUUUGCGCCUUUCCAGACCCAAGCCUGAUACGAUGGGCAGAGCACUCUUAAUCGGAUGGGCUUGUAGUAGCCUGUUGGUUACAGCCGUCUCUGGGGCAAACUUUACAGAGUGUUACAGUAAGGCCUUGAGCAAUUACACGAAUAUGAACAAAGCCGACCCCAUAAGGGAUUUAUACUUUUGGAAAUAUGAAUUGUAUGGCCUCAAGAACAAGUCAGCCAGACCACAAAUAGUUCUUACACUCGCAGGCUGCGAGGAGUUCUGCGGCCGAGACCCCCAAUACAACAACGUUAUCGACGCAUUCCAGAUCCUGACAACAUGGGUGCUUCCAGCCAUCGCCCUGAUGAGCCAACUCCCUUACGAGUCGUUAUCGGACCGCUGGAGAAAGAACCUGGCUGCGUUUGGCAACUGGGUCGGCGCUCCGGCUGCCGCCCUGACGACUACCUUUUGGAAUAUUGUGCUGAUCCAUCAAUGUUCCGUCAAGGAUGGCCUAUUCACACUUGAGGAGGAUAGAGAUAAGAUACGUGAUGCCCUCUACAUCCUCAGCUGCAUCAACCAGUACGAGUACCCUCGACAUGAGCAAGCCGGCCGCGACUUGCGUCGAGACUCGGCCCUUCUCAAGGGCAUUUUGUACCCUUAUUUCAAGCCUGGUUUGAUCUCGACAAGACAAAGCAAGCUUCUGGCCAACCUCAACCAACACCUCGCAUUCCAACUGCGCCUUCAGAGGCGCAAAGGGGUUUAUCCUAUCUUUAUCAGCAUCGGCUGGUUCGGGAUGGCGUUUGCAUUUUCGAUAGUCAUCUCGUUUGCUACGCUGGGCGACAACACCACCGCCCACUCGCUCGCCCUCGGGCUGCUCCUCUCCUGGGUGCCCGUCAUGCUCUUCGCGACCGUCAUCGACCGCAACCCGACGUCUGCCACUCGUUGCAGCGAGCUCAUUCAGCGAUGGCUGUUCAAUAUCGACAGGCUGCUCCCCACGACGGUGCUGCCGACCCUGCCGAUGACCUUUUGGCAGGCACAUCACGGUGGUCGAAGGCGCGCUGAUAAGACAGAGGACUUUGACAUUGGCGAAUACAUGGGACAGGGACGCACCCUUCGGUACUGCGGCGUCGCCGACACAGUCCUCGACAUGAUCAAAAACCCUAGGGAAGCGACGCUAGACGUCCCGGACCUGUCGGUGAGCAACAGACACAAAAAGUUCCAGACCGAUCUGACGAAGCGACCGUGGGGAUGGAUAGCGGUGUGGCUCAUCAGCCAGGGCGUCGUGACCACCAGCUUCGGCAUGGCCUUCAUGGUGUCGUUCAACACGCCGACGCAGGGCCUGGGCUGCCGCUCGCUGCUGUACCUCUGCUGGUGGCUCCUGGUCCUCCCCUCGUGGCUGAUCCUGGGGGUGUUUCAGGAGCCCAACCCCAAGGUGCGCAGCGCCAUGGUCGUUCCGAACCUGCUCGCCGUCGCCGUCCUCUUCGCCAUAAUGCUGGUGCAGUCGUUUGGCGGGCUCAACAACUGCCUGUGCAAGACGAGCGUCUUUGGCCUGCGGCCCUUUGGUCGCUACAUGGAUUUUGAGAACGCCGACUUCUACAAGCAGUACUACGACGUCCAAGCCUUCUGGGGUUCCGCGACGGGUAUCGGCGGUGCGGCCAUGGUGAUCUCGAUAUCUUGGCUUGCUUGGAAGUGGCACAAAUCCUCGGCUCUGUGGCGGGUGACGGAGUAUACCACCGUCAAGGUCGAGGAUGACGUGUCUCUUGAGUGGCUGACCUAA